CGCCUCCCUGAAGAGGGCGUACCAGCUGAUCAAGUCCGCCAACCUGGGGAAAUCCGAGUUCGACCCCACCGAGAGCUUCAGCCCCGACCUGUUUGUCCUGUGCGCGGAACAGGCCCUGAAGAUGGGGCAGCCCGAGGUGAGCGAGGACUGCAUCCAGAUGUACUUCAAGGUGAAGGGACCAGUCACCCAGUUUCUGGGCCGAGCGCACCUGUGCAGGGCCCAGCUGUGUGCCCCCAAGUCCACCGAAAAUCUGGAGGAGUUUGAAAAUUGCGUGACUCAGUACAUGAAGGCAAUUAACUUUGCAAAAGGAGAACCCAGGUAUUACUUCUUGGUCUAUAACGCAUCGGUCCUCUACUGGCAAAUGGUGAGGCCCUUUCUCAAGCCUGGAUAUUACCACUACUUGAUCAGCAGCCUCUCCCAAAUCGUGAGCGUGUUGAAUCAGACCGAGGAAGAAGACAAGGACUGGCAGGCAGAGCUGAUGCUGGAGCUUCUGGAGUGUUACCUACAAGCUGGGGAAAAAGAGGAGGCCGCCAAGUUUUGUGCCACCGCAGCGCCGUUCAUAAAGGCGCACGCGCCGCACAGAUACCGACAGAUGUUUUCCGUGAUGGUACACCAUGAAUUGAUGGACGAAUCUCAGUUAAAGGAAGAAAAAAAAGGUUCCCUCAGCCUGUCCAUCACUUUCCUCAUUAACAUGCUGAAAGGAAAAUUGGAUAAAAACGAUUUACCUGAAGACGUCAACAAAGUUCUGAAGAACACCCAUAAGCAGUUAGGACUUUAUAAUCACCAGCGCUUCCCUUUGAUCAGAGAGGAGAAAAUCCUCUUGCUCUUUGAAUUGGCUCAUCUUUCUUUGACCUUGAAAUGUGAGGGCAUCUCCUCCAGCUGCCUCGAAGACUUGAAGAAAAUUGACAGCAAAGAUCCUGGGAAUCUGAUAGAAAUUGAAUGCCUGGAGUAUGAAUUAGAAGCUUUAAGACUUGAAAAUAAAAUGAAAAUCUACAUCCGAUCAGCUGUGGAGACCCAGCUGAACAUAAUCCAGCGGCUGGACAUCGUGCUGCAGCGAGCCAUCCGCCUGGGCGACCCCCAGGUCAUCCACAUGGUGUGCACCACCCAGUGGAACCUGUGCCUCCCUCUCCUGCAGCACAACCUGCGGCACCACCUGCGGAAGCCGCUGACCAGCAUCGCGGAGAUCCUGGAGAAGGUGGACAGCCUCAUGGUCCUGCUCCGCUGCCAAGUGCACAUGGAGCUGGCGCACAUUGAGGAAGACGAGGACCGGCUGGAGCCCGCCAUGGAGCACCUGCAGAAGGCCAUGCUCCUGGACAGCCAAGGCCUCUACCAGGAGAAGCUCGGGAUGGCCUUCAACCGGCUGCAUCUCUGCUCCAUGCUGUACCAGUCCCCUGAGCGCGCUGAGGACAAGGCCAUCAUGGCCAUCGAGCAGGCAAAGAAAGCUAUCCUCAAAGACAGCGUCCGGAAGAAGCGGGCCCUCCUGGUGAACGCAGGCCUGGCCCUGGCCCCCGACACCUUCCAGAUCGUGCUUGACAGCGAGAACGAGACCAAAGUUUCUACCGGGAGGAACAGGGGCCGGUUCACUGCCCUCUUCGCCAAGGCACGGCACCACACCAUCAGCGUGGAAAAAGCUGCUGGGCAUUUGCGGCGUUUGGGGAAUGAGAAUGACAAGGAGAGAGUACAGAUCUGGGCAGAGCUCGCCAAGGUUGCCCGGAAGCAAGGUGUGUGGGACGUUUGCCGGACGGCCAGCCGCUUCUGCCUCCUGUAUGACAGUGUCAAGGUGAAGAAGCCGUCACGGAUGAAGAGAGGAAGGAAGAAGCGGGGCUGGGAUGGCUCGGCGUUGGAUCCCAGGGGCCAGUUGCAGGUCACGCUGCACAGGCCGGGGUCCCCUAGCCUGCUGCGGAAGUUCGCGGAGGUGGGCUUCAUCAGUGCUGAGGCCACCGUCCACUUGCUGCAGUCAGAAGGUGUGGAGCUAAAUAACUGUCCCAACCCCCCUGAGGACUUGAGCCAGCACCCGGCAGGCUACAUGCUCGAGUCCCCCUCCGACAACUUGGAGUGGAUCACAUACAGGACCUGGAUUGAGAGCCUGUCACAGUACGCCAUGAGCAACUGGCUGCGGUCGGCAGAGAUCGGACAGGAGAUACAGGAAGCCUGGAUCGUGCAGAACGCCGUGGUCUACGUGCUGAACCAUAACCACCAUCUCAUCAUGGCUGGGCGGCAGAAGGAGCUGGUGGAUACCUUGUACCACCUCCUGAACAUUGUCAAGCUCACCGGCCACAACGGCGACUCUGUCAUGCUGGUGAUGCUCUGCAAUGCUUUGGCCCGAGGCCUAAUUAUGAGCUGGAUCCCAACCCAGAUGCCAGAAAAAUCUAGAAAACUCGUGCGACCAAACCAGGUGCACACCCCCCUGGACCCGGGAGCCGCCUCUCAAGUCAGGACCGCUGUGGAGGUCUGUGAGUUUGCCCUGAACCUGACCAAUGGGACGGUGCCGGAGGAGGCCGUGCCCACGGAAGCCCGGCAGCAGCUCAUUGCCACCUGGGUGAAGGCCAAGCAGCUGCUGCAGCAGCAGAUUGGGUCGAGGCUGGGCACGGAGGAGCAGAGCACCAACGAGGAGAUCAACUCUGUGACCAGAGUCCUUGUUGCCCUGGAGAUGUACUCCUGCAAUGGACUGGGCCUCAUGGACUUUACUGUGCCCCCCUUGGCCCACCUGCUGAAGAUGGCCUCCGAGUGCAGCUGGACAGACCCUCUGGUUGAGCUGCAGAGCCUCACUCGCCUGAGCUACUUUGCCUACACAGCCCACGACCAUGAGGUCACCAUGGCGUGCACGUAUAAGGCCAUCCAGAUGGGCGUUAGGUAUCUGAGGAUGUCCAAUCCGGUCCAGGUUCAGCUGGUGGCAGAAAUGCUGAGCACCACGGCCUGCAUCCAGGGCAGGAGCAUCAUGGAGAACCUGAAGGGGCGGAAGCAGCUGCGCCUGUCGGCCGCCAAGGCCUUCACAGAGAGCGUGAGAUUUGGAGGCAUCUCGCAGAGCAGCGCCCUGGUGAUGCUGGCAGCGCGGCACUACUGGAACACCCAGCUCCCGCUCCUGUCCUCCGCAGCCAGCAGGAAGAAAUCGAAAAGCACCAUUCAGAAGAUCGUCACCAUCAUCAACAAGACGGAGGCCAAAAAGCAGGAAAAAGGAGACGUGCAGCUUCUGCACCAGUGGCCGACGGCGGACUUCCAGAGCGGAGGGACCUCCGAGGGCUCUUUCCUCCCAGCGGCCGAGGACGACCUGUCCCUGCGCGCCGCGCUCUACGGGGUGCUGUUCCAUUGCCACGCGGACCAGGACGACUGGGAGGGCGGCCUGAAGGUGCUGGACGAGGCGGUGCAGGUGCUGCCGCGGACUGCGCACCGCCUAUUGAUUUUCAAGCAUAUGGUCAUUGUGAAGGCCAAACUUGGCCAGAAUUUUACAAUGGAAAUACAGAAAUUUAAAGAUGAGAGUGAAGAUUACUUGGCACACAUGUGGCACCGCCUGGCCUUGAACUCAAAGAACGUCUAUGGAGAGUUGACCUGCUAUCAAAACGCAAUCCAGGCCUUGCAGAAACCAGAGAGCGAGUGGCACAAAGUCGACUACAUCAUGGAAUUCAGCGAGUGGCUGUAUUACAAACAGUUCCCUAUCGAAGACGUAACCUUCCACCUGAACUGGGCAAUCGACAUCCUGCUGGGGAUGAAACUUGCCAGGGACACACCUGAGCCAGCAGGAGAGCACGUGCCCUUGCAGGUGCAGGCGGCCCCAGAGAUUCCGGGCGCUGAGGACGCGGGGACAGUCUCCUUGGAGAAGCUGUGGAGCGUGAGGCAGUUAGAGGCGCUGGCCCGUGCCUACAUCCUGCUGGCCCUGAUGGUGUCCCCAAGUGCCGCCAACUACCAGGACUACUGCCUCAUGGCCUACAUGUUCCUCAGGCGCAUCUGGCAGGUUUCUUUAUUAACAGUAGGAAAAUCAGUUUCAGAAAGUAAAGUCCCAACAACAGCUAGUUCGAAUUUGUUGCUGCCUAAGAAAGAGAAGGAGAAGGCCAAGGACAGAGACAGGAGCAAGGACUCGAAGCAGGGUCAGACCCCGGCUCCCAGUAAAGAGCCAGAAGAUGUCCCAGCAAGCGUGGAGGCGUGGGCUUCCUAUUUCUGCUCGGAAGAGGUGACAGCCACGUUCAAACAGGACAAGAGCGACUUUACUGUUAACACAUCCAGUAUCCAGAGGCCGACAUAUACUUUAUAUUAUCUGGACCAGUUGGUCAAGGCCCUGAAGAAGAUGUCCCUCUAUGAGCUCACAAUCCCUGUCCUGCAGUUGGGUGUCCUAAUUUCCGCUUGCGUGGUGGACAGCAAGAGCCUCAAAGAUCUCUACCACCUUCGACUCGCCCUGGUCUGCUCCGAUCUGAGGCUGAGAGAAGCAGCUGCUGCCCACGAGGACGUGGUGGGACAGGCCUACAUUGGCGACAUGGAGCAGGCAAGCUUCAGAAAAGAAAUUGCCUUGAAAAAGGAGAAGAACAGAGAACCAUUGUUGGAAGAAAGCAUGCAGGUCCUGAGUGAGCCCACGCCUGCCAGGCCGCCAGCGGAGACGAGGCCCCUCGUGGCGAAGGACCAGAUUUUGAAGAUAAACGGAGAGACCGGGAGAGGCCUGGACGGCACGUCCUUUCCCCUGCUGUGGACCCUCAAAGCAGAAGUUCUACUCGAGAUGGACCUGUACCAGCCCGCGAGGCUGCUCCUGUCCGAGGCCUGCCAGGCCUUCCAGGAGGUGAAAGACCCUUGCGCGGAAUCCCAGUGCCUGCACCUCCUCGCACAGCUGGCCAACAAGGAGAGGAACUACAGCCACGGGCGGAGGAUGGUGGAGGCGGCGCAGCGCCGGGGCGGCGGCGAGGACUUCUGGUACCGGUCCACGCUCACGCUGGCCGACGCGCUCUUGUCCACGGGCAAGGAGGGGAAGGAAGUGAUGGUCUGCCAGCUCUUUCAGAAGCUCAUCGAGGUCUUCAGGGUGCUCAAGAAAGAAAGACCCAACCGCGCGCCCAUCUUGGAAUUCAUGACCACGGACCUGGAAGCCAGGUGUCUGAAGCUCCGGAUUCAAAUCACCCAGGAGUCAGUGGACAGUGAGCCUUCUGCAUUCCCAUUUUUGCUGAGCGAGCUGGAUAAUUGCUUGCUGGAAAUUGAGAAAAAGUUUGUCAAAUGUGGCUACAAAGAGAAAUGUGUGGACAUAAAGCUGGAGCGGGCGAGGGUAAAGAGGUUAUGUGCUCAAAGUGAGAGGGACGAAGAGCAGAGGACUGUGUACCACCUGGAGGCCUACAGCCUGGCCCAGCGAGCCGUGGCCGAGGAGGAGGAGCUGUUCCACAGCACCCAGGGCCUCCUGUCCCUUCAAGAUUUACAGAACGUCAACACGCCUCUGAUGCGGAAGCUGGCGCGCCUCAAGCUGAGCCUGGUGGAGGUGUCCCUGGACAUGCUGCAGCUCAGCUGGGAGGAGCCUCAGGAGCGGGAGCUCAGGCAGGACUCCAUGGGCAAGCUGCUGGCCGACUACCUGCAGAGCAUGAGCGACUUCACCGCCACCGGCCUGAAAUGGUUCACGCUGAAGCGGACCCUGGCCCACAUUGCCCUGGCGCAGCUGGGGAGCCUGCAGCCGCUGAGCACCAGCUGUGUGGAAAUCCGCGCGCGGCUCCUGGGCCUGGUGGGGAAGGCCUUGCACCUGCUGGCGGUGCAGGCAGACCCUGUGCGCCCCGCCUUCUACUGGGAGGAGAGCCUCCUGGCAGGAGCAGAGCUGUACAACCUCAAGGGUCUGGAGAUAAACCCAGAGGAUGGGGACAGUGAAGAGCAUGGCAGCAACCAGCCAGCCAGCAGGGCGGCCCCUGAGGAGCGCAGCAAAAAAGGCUCAGAUCUGAAGAGGAGGAAGGUGUUGGCCCAGCAGUACCUGGCCCAGGCGUCUGAGGUGUUGCUGCAGUGCCUGCAGGUCGCCCUGGGCAACAGCCUCCUGGAUGUCGCUGCGGCUGCCAGCUUGGAGAUGGUAGAGUGCAUUGGCACUCUGGACCCCACAGCCGCCUGUCAGUUCCUGGCGCUGUCCCAGAGCUGCUCAGUCUCAGAGAUGAUGCGGGGAAUUCUGCUCACGGCCACGGCCAACACCAGCAGCUCUCAGCUGGCAGCCCUGCUGCAGCUCGAUGACAGUCUGAGGUGCCAGGAGCGGACCUCUACCAGCCUGUUCACUAAUGUGGAGCAGAAGCUGGCUGCCAUUUCCAAGGCUUGGCAGAAUCUCUCGGUCACCGAACAACAUUUUAACCUCCUGAAUGAGGUUCCUGCCACUUUUCGGAUCCUCUUUCUGCACCAUUCUCCCGACAGGACCCAUCUGUAUGGUGCUGCCUACGAGAAACCCAAGUUCAUCCCCACAUCCAAAGGGAGGGUGGUGCAAGUGGACUCCUGCAAGGUGGCUCGGGUGGCAGUGAGCCCAGCUGCCUUCUCUGGCCUGUUGGCCAGUGCCCAGCAGUUCCGGGAGCAGACCCAGGCUGAGGUGUGCAGCGAGGACACAGCCUGGAAGCAAGGCUGGGGAUCAGAAGGCGUGCACCCUGAAAGGCAGAGGCAGACUCUCCAGAAACUCAGCGACGUCCUGGAGGCCACGGAGGAGUACCUGAGCCCGCUGCUCACGCUGCUCCGCUGCCCUGAGGCCAGAAUACAGAUUCCCUCGAUCAUCGGGGAUUUGGGGAAACAAAAGGGCAAAGACAAGGAGCGGAAGCUGUCCAUGCCCCAGGGCCUUCUGUCCACAGUGGAGCUUGAGGUUGCUGACAGCGUGGUCCUCAUCGUGGACAGGCACCUCCUGGAGCUACCCCUGGAAGGCCUGUCUGUGCUCAGGGAAGGGACGGUGUCCUCUGUGUCGCGGGACUUCUCCCUCCAGAUGCUGUGCAAUCGUCUCCACCAGGAGGAGGCAGAAGGCACCGCGAGGAAGGACGCCAGAAACAAAGAGCUCAAGAAGAGAGGCCCAGCAAAGAGGGGCAGGAAGGGCAGCGCGCCCCGGGUCAUCCCCCCUGACAGCAUCCUCAUCAACUCGGAUAACUUCAAGUUCGUCGUGGACCCCUUCGAGGAGGCCCAGGGCCCAGAAACGCUGACUCCUGUCUCUGUAACCCGGGAAAUUUUGGAUAAAUUCAAAGACACAUUCACUGCGCGAUGGGCGGGACAUCUGGGGAAAAAGCCCUUUCCAAGCCAGGCCGAGUGGGAGCAGCUCCUGGGCAGCUGUGAAGGCUUCUUCUUCUACGGGAUGGAGAAUUUCCUGUUGCAUGUGUCAGUGGAGAGGUUGGCUGCCAUGAACUUGGAAGACUGCCAGCUGAUGGUCCUGCUGGACCUGAGCCGGUCCUACGAGAGCAUUCGACGGAUGAUGGAGUCCUUGGAGCACAAGAGCGCCCCCCAGCUGUCCUUGGAGGAGCCCAUUGAGACAGCCAUCCUGCUGAGUCUGGUGGGGGUCAAGAGCAUCGUGGCGAACCAGUGGCCGACACUCCUGCAGGACAACGCUGCGCGGGCCAGCAUCCUGUGGGAAAAUGAGUCUCCGUGGACCCCCAAGAACAAGCUGAUGUUCCGACCACAGCAGCGUGGCUCUGAGUGGCUCUCCAUCAGCCUCAACCUGGUCCUGUAUGGGCUGCCGAACCAGACCAUCGUGUGA